CUUCGUUAUGUUUUUCAGUCUCGGGUGGAGUCUACAUCCCGUCGCAGCUCUGCGGGGAAGGAGGAGGACUUUUUUUUCUAUUAGUUUCUCAUAGACUAUUUGUUCCCGUCAAGGCGUCGAAAUACCCCAUAAAGAUGACGACGACAACCACCUAUAAAGGAAUGGAGCCUGGUACUAAAAACAGUUCCAGGGUACUACGACCGCCUGGCGGGGACUCGAGCAUCACCUUCGGCACAGACGACAACUCGACCCCUCGCAAGAACAAGAUGGCCUCCAGCAUCUUUGCAGAACCUGAUGACCCCCAUGCUCAUCGGAGGAACAAUCCACCCACUGGGGAAGCUGCAGGAACCCUGUGCGGGGAGCCCUCAGCCCCACUUAGGCGAUGCCAGCAGCCUCUUCUCUUCCCCAAGAACCCUGAGCCGGAACUGACCACCAUCCACAACUCUGGAGCAGCCUUGGUGUGGAACCAGAGACGAGAGAUUGAAAAUGGCCAAGAACAAGCAAAUGAUGAGUGUCCUGACAACGCAGAGGGUGAGCAGGAGGAGCAAGAGCAGCAGCAGAAGGAGACAACAGAGCCCUCUGCCCCGUCGGGAGGUGCCAACGCUGCCACAGGUGGCCGAAGAAACCCACCGGGUGGCAAGUCCAGCCUCAUCCUGGGUUGAGACCACUUUUUUUUCUUUUUUUUUUUUUUUUCAUUCGAACGCUUUUUUAUUUUUUAAAGAUAAAUACCCCCCACCACUCUCUUCCUCCUCAUUGACUUGUCACCUUCUUCCCUACUUCACCUGCACUCACGCUGUCACGUCCAUGGACCCCUGUGUCCUCUCCCUCCACCCUCAAACCUUUUGUUUUUUCCUUUUUUCUAUUAAAAGAAGAAAACUGUUGACAAAAGCACUUUAUGUAUCUCUCUCCCCCUCCUCCAUUUCAGCCCAUCCUGUAGUGCAUCGCGCCUGCUGGGAAAGGCAUGACGUUUAGCUUGUCCCUCAUUCUUCCCUGUUGUAAAUGGUAAAGGAAAAAAUAAUAAAAAAGAUUUGAUGCGUGGAUUUCUAAAUACAAUAAAGAUUGAUAUGAA